AGACCACCUAAUGAAAGAAAUGCGGUGCCCGUACUGCUCGGCGGCGCAGGGGCGGUGCGCCACCACUACCACCGGACGAUCCAUAACCGAGUGCGCUUCCUGCGGCCGAGUAGUAGAAGAACGCCAAACUCAACCCCACCACCUCUUCCACCUCCGAGCCCAAGACUCCCCUCUCUGCCUCGUCACCUCCGACCUCCCCACUCCUCCCACCACCACCACCAUGACAAAGUGCCAACCGAAAGACCAAUCCGAAGAAGACCCAUUCGAACCCACUGGUUUCAUAACCGCAUUCUCCACCUGGUCGCUCGAGCCUUACCCAGUCUUUGCACAAUCUUCCAUCUCCUUCGCUGGUCAUCUUGCUGAGCUCGAACGUGUCCUCGAAACGACGUCGUCUUCGUCUUCGUCUUCGUCUUCGAGCUCCAAUUCUGGGCCUUCGGUAGUUGUGGAUAAUUUGAGAGCGUAUCUUCAGAUCAUUGAUGUUGCGUCUAUACUUGGGUUGGACUAUNACAUAAUUCUUACUAGUACUAGGGUUCAUUGGUUAUUAAUAUCGGUUGUUGUGAGUAGCUUGUGUGGCAUUGCAUAA